GUCUCCCUCAACCAGAAUGCAACCCAAACUUUAGGCGUGUUCAUAUUUUGGCUGACAAGAAAUUUCGCGUCAUCGCAAAGAGCCGUCGAGCUACGGACUGGACAUCCAUGAACGAAUGAUUGGAUCUCUACUUUGGUGAAGAACAUAUAGACGCAGAACAACUCUGAAUGGGUGACAUUGGGCAGAUGGAUUUCAUAAGUGAUUUGCCUCAAAGCAUUAUAGAAAACAUCCUCACUCGACUGCCUAUAAGAGAUGCUGUGAGAACUAGCAUUUUAUCUAGUAGAUGGAGGUAUAGAUGGGCUACAAUCAGUCAUCUUGUAUUUGAUGAAAACUGUGUUGCUUUGUCUAAUGAGCGAUCGCUAGUUAAAAAUAGCCUGGUAAAAUUUAUUACUCGGGCUCUCUUCCUUCACCACGGACCAAUUCAUAAGUUCCAGCUUAGUACAACACAGUUGCAAUGCUGCCCUGAUAUAGAUCAGUGGAUACUUUUCCUUUCAAGGAAUGACAUUAGAGAAUUGGUUCUGGAAUUAGGGGAGGGGGAAUGGUUUAGAGUACCUUCAUGUCUUUUUUAUUGUAGAAAGUUAACUCGUUUGGAACUUUUCCGUUGUGAAUUUGAUCCUCCUCUGGCUUUUAAAGGAUUUUCGUGUUUGAAGAGCCUUAAUUUUCAUCGAGUUUUGUUUGCUCCUGAGGCUAUUGAAAGUCUUAUUUCCAGUUGCCCACUCCUAGAGAAUCUGUCAUUGUCAUACUUCGACAGUUUAGACCUUAAUAUAUGUGCUCCAAAUCUCAAGUACUUAUGUUUGGAAGGUGAGGUCAAAGACAUCUGUCUUGAAAAUACCCCACUUUUAGUUUCCAUGUCAGUUGCGGUGUACAUGACUGAUGACAUCGCUGAACACUUUGAGCAAAGUUCGAGUUGCAAUUUUAUCAAGUUUCUUGGUGGGGUGCCUCUACUUGAGAAGCUUGUUGGACAUAUCUACUUCACAAAGUAUUUGAGUGUAGGUAAUGACCCAGGGAGACUUCCCAUUACAUAUAGCCGUCUACAUACAAUUGAAUUAUAUGAAGUGAAUUUUGAAGAUUUGAAAGAGAUUAUGGUCGUUAUUCGAUUGAUUACAAACUCGCCUAACUUGAAGGAACUUCAAAUUUCAGGUCCCUCAAAUUCGGUAACUGCUAUAGAAGCCUAUGACUCAGACUUUUGGGAGAUGAAAUGCCCCUCUGAUUGCUCAUUUAAGCAACUCAAACUUGUGAAGAUGACUGAUAUAUCAGGUGUGCCGCAUGAGAUGGAACUAAUCAAAUUUUUGCUUAAGAAUUCUCCAGUGCUUGAGAUAAUGAGCAUCAACCCUUGUGCAGUUGUUGCUGACAGGAAACUGACCAUGUUAAUUGAGUUGUUGAGAUUUCAAAGGGCUUCUGCUCAAGCAGAAAUUGUGUUUGUUGAGGAAUAAGCAUUGUGCCUCUUUAAAGUUGUUCUCAUCUGUCCUUUUAAUAUUUGUGGGAUGUAUAACAUUCUUGUGAAUGGAUACAUUUUCAUCAUAUAUGAAAAUGACGAAUUGUCAAUGA